AUGCAACUACGUAUUCUUACACUUAAUAUUUGGGGUGUUCAUUAUGUUUCGAAAUUGAUUCAUCAACGUAUUCAAGCAUUAAUUGAACAUUUAAUAAAUCCUGAUACGAAUUAUGAUAUUGUUGGAUUACAAGAAGUUUGGAGUAAAGUAGAUUAUAUUUAUUUACGUGAUCAAUUAAAAUCUAUAUAUCCAUAUAGUUAUUAUUUUUUAAGUGGUCUUGUUGGUUCAGGAUGUUGUCUUUUUUCAAAAUAUCCAAUUAUUGGUGCUUAUGAACAUCGUUAUACAUUAAAUGGUUUUCCACAUAAAAUUCAACAUGGUGAUUGGUUUUGUGGUAAAUUAAUUGGUCUAUGUAAAAUUCUUGUUAAUGGAUAUGUUAUUAAUGUAUACAAUACACAUUUACAUGCUAAUUAUCAUCAUGUUAUACCAAAAGAUAUUUAUUUAGGACAUCGAAUAUGUCAAGCAUAUGAAUUAAUACAAUUUAUUGAAAGUACAUCAUCCGCUGAUACAACUCAUUUAACAAUACUUUUAGGUGAUCUUAAUUUAACAAAUGAUGAUUUAGGUUUUAAACUUAUUAACGGUAUUCUUCAAUUAAAUGAUUCAUUUCUUCAACGUAUUAAUAAAGAUAUUUUUGAUCCAACUGUUGGUAACGAUGGUCAAACAUGUGAUUUACUUGAUAAUCCAUAUAUUCAUCCACAUCCAUAUCAAGGUCAAGGUGAACGUAUUGAUUAUAUUCUUUAUCGAGCACGAAAUGAUAAUGUUAAAUGUAUUGAAGCUUAUCCAACAUUACAUAAAGUUCCAAAUAAUCCUAAUGGACUUUAUUAUUCGGAUCAUUUAGCUGUUUAUGCUUUAUUUGAAAUAGAUGAAAACAUUCCAGAAAAAAAGCCAAUACCACUUGAUGAUAUUGAUAUAAUGGAUGAUGAAACACGAAAUAAUCUUCGUUCAGCUUGUAUUAUUGUUGAAGAAUCAAUUCAACGUAUACAACGUGAUCGAAUAUUUUUUGCUCUUGGAGUAUUUAUACUUAUUUUUAUAUUAUUUUCAUUUAAUAAUAAUUCAUUAUUAAAUGGUUAUUUAUUAACAAUAUUUAUUAUUUUAAAAAAUCUUUUUUGUCUUAUUGGUAUAUCAAUUUCUAUUUGGUUUAUAGGUUUAGGUAAACCUGUUGAACGUAAUGGGUUAAGUUCGAUACUAAAUGCCAUGCAUCUACGUUUACGUGUAUCGCAAUUUUUUCAUUAA